AGGCCAAGUACUUGACCAAGAAGACCCAGGCUGCAAGCGUGGAGGCUGUGAAGAUGCUGGAUGAGAUCCUGCUGCAGCUUUGCACCUCCGUGCCCGUGGACGUGAUGCCUGGUGAGUUUGACCCCACCAACUACACGCUGCCCCAGCAGCCGCUGCAUCACUGCAUGCUGCCCCUCGCCAGUGCCUACUCCACGCUCCAGCUGGUCACCAACCCCUACCAGGCCGAUGUGGACGGCAUCAGGUUUUUGGGGACGUCAGGGCAAAACGUCAGUGACAUCUUCAAAUACAGCAGCAUGGAUGACUACCUGGAGAUCCUGGAGUGGACGCUGCUGGCAGGACACAUCAGCCCCACGGCCCCAGACACCCUGGGCUGCUACCCCUUUUACAAAUCGGACCCUUUCAUCCUCACCGAGUGCCCUCACGUCUACUUCUGCGGCAACGCUCCCCGCUUCCAGUCCAAGCUGCUCAAAGGGGAGGACGGGCAGCAGGUCCUGCUGGUGACGGUGCCUGCCUUCAGCACCACGCAGACCGCCUGCCUCAUCAACCUGCGUGACCUCAGCUGCCAGCCCAUCAGCUUCUCCGGCUUCGGGGCCGAGGACGAUGACGGGGACAUGGAGGUCGGGCACUGACUGAGCAGGCAGGGCGCGGACUCGAUAAACCCCUGGCCU